AUGGAGCCGUCAAAACCAAAUGUCAACCACGAUGAAAAUGCCGAGGUGGUUGUGAAACCGGCCAACAUUGACCCCAUCAACCUCAUUCGGGUCCCCCUGACCGAGGAAGACAGCAAACGCAUUCGUCGCAAAACUGACAGGACCAUCCUCCUUGUCUUGGUCUGGGUCUAUUUCCUGCAGAUCCUGGACAAGUCUGUUCUGGGAUAUGGCGCGACAUUCGGAUUGCAGGAGGACACCCAUUUGGCGGGGAAUCAGUACUCGCUGGUCGGGUCGAUUGCCGCCAUUGCCCAGCUAGCCUGGCAGCCUUUCUCCUCCUUUCUGAUCGUCAAAGUGCCACAUCGUAUUUUGAUGCCCUUACUGGUGCUUGGUUGGGGUAUUGCGCAGACGUGCAUGGCAGCCUGUCACAAUUUCUCGGGGCUCAUGGCCACACGGUUCUUCCUGGGUCUGUUCGAAGCAGGCUGUCUCCCGCUGUUCAGCAUAAUUACCAGUCAAUGGUACCGUCGUGCAGAACAGCCUUUGCGAGUCGCCGCGUGGUAUUCCACUAAUGGCCUGGCAACCAUCAUAGCGGCAGCGUUGAGUUACGGACUGGGUCAUAUCCAGUCGGGUGCCCUCAAGGAAUGGCAAAUUAUUUUUCUCUUCGUGGGCCUCUUGACUAUUAUCUCAUCCCCCUUCGUGUAUUGGCGUCUGGACAACGACAUUACUUCCGCCCGCUUCCUCACAGAACACGAAAGGCUGCAAGCCAUGGAACGCCUAAGAGCCAACCAAACCGGCACUGGAACCCGCGAUUUCAAGUGGCAACAAGUUGUCGAGGCCGCACUGGAGCCGAAGACCUUCCUUUGGGUCGGUAUGGCCUUUCUCCUGAACGUCGGCGCAUCAGUGACCAACGUAUUCGGCCCACAGAUCCUGGGCGGGUUGGGCUUCGACAAGUUCCGGACAACACUGCUUAACAUGCCCUUUGGCGCUCUCCAGUUCAUCCUCAUCCUUCUCGCCAGUUAUCUCGCGCAGAGGGCUCGACUGAAGGGCGCCAUUCUCGCCUCUUUCAUGGUUCCCGUCGUCGCGGGACUGGCAAUCCUCUACGCCGUUCCACGGAGUAAAUCUGCGCAAGGCGCAUCCAUGGCGGGAUAUUACCUGCUUGCCUUCCUGUUCGGCGGAAAUCCGCUGAUCGUGACGUGGAUCGUCGGAAACACAGCCGGUCAGACAAAGAAGAGUAUUGUUCUGAGUCUGUACAAUGCCGCAUCUGCAGCGGGGAACAUAGUGGGACCACUCUUGUUCAACGAGAAGGACAAGCCCGAGUACCUCCCGGGUCUGAAGGCGUGUCUGGCUAUUUUUGUGGCCAUGACAGUUAUCGUUCUGAUCCAGUGGGCGGACCUGUUCGUGCUCAACAAGAUACAGGAGCGACGGCGUGUAAGGAAUGGGAAACCGGCCAGGAUCGUGGACGCUUCGAUGCAGGCUCGAUACCGCGGGCUGGAUGAGGAGACUGUUAGUGACGAGCCGGAGAAUCGGGUCGGCAAUCAUGCGUUUCUGGAUCUGACGGAUCGGGAGAAUGAUGAGUUCGUGUAUAUCUAUUAG